UUAUGUCGUCCUUUUAGAACUAAAAAAUAAAAAAUAAAAAUGGGCCAGCUUAGUGGGCAAAUUGACCGAAAUAUAAAAAUAUCAAAUCAGACAACUCGUUAUCUCAGAGUAAUAAAUAAACAAACAAAUAAAUAAAAGUUAAAGGCUUAGAGUAAAAUUAAAUUCAAUCGUAUAAUACCUACCAUGACAACCCCUUAUUACUUGAAACGUUCCACUGUGACAUUCUAAAUUCUCCCACUAAUACUCAAAAGAAAAGAAGAACACAAGUGAGAGAUGGAAACCACCGAAGCUUCACCGUUUGAGAGCAGUGAGAUGGUGGCAACAUUUCUGGCCUCCACGCCUUUGCUUUCCGACUCGUGGAAGCUCUGCAGCCAUGCCAAUGCCACUGCGCCUCACGGGUUCGUCGCCAAUCGGAUCGGAGACGUCACUUCCGUCGCCUUUUCCGGCGUCCAAAUGGUGCCCGCAGCAGCUGCAGGGGGGUUAGAACAGAGUUGCUGCAGGAACUUGGUGUCAUUGGCUGCCGCCGCGGACGGCCUUUUCCCGGCGUUGCAACGCCGCGGUGAAGGGGAGGAGCCUGUCAUGGUUCAUACUGGGUUUUUGAAUCUGUUCCUCUCCGUCUAUAACUGCCCAAGCUUCCGAAACCAGAUGCUUGAAAUAAUGAACAACAACAAAUCAGUAGUGUUCACAGGGCACUCCAUUGGAGGAGCACUUGCUUCUCUUUCAGCUCUUUGGCUCCUAUCCAAUCUCCAAUCCUUUCCUUCUCCCCUCUCAGUCCUCUGCAUCACCUUUGGCUUGCCUUUGCUCGGCAACAAAUCCCUUUCUCGAGCCAUCCUCCAAGAAAGAUGGGGUGGCAACUUCUGCCAUGUCAUUGCCAAACACGACAUUGUGCCCCGACUACUCCUGGCACCACUCACUCCACAACUGCAUACUCUACUACAGUUCUGGCACUUAUCCAUGACUUCUCCAUACUUGAGAGAAGCUGUCCAACUAAAUGACAACGACAAAUCCGAGUUGUUUCAUUUAGUGCUGGCUUGUACUGAAGAAUCAGCAAAAGCAGUAGAAGAACCGGAUAUGAGUAUGUUCUGGCCAUUCGGGAACCAUAUGUUUUGUUCAGAAGAUGGAGCCAUAUGCGUGGACAGUGCCACGGCUGUUGUGAAAAUGCUGCAUUUGAUGUUGGCAACUGGCUCAGCAAGUUCUAGCAUCGAUGAUCAUCUUCGUUAUGAAGAUUAUGUAGGCAAAGUUUCUAUGCAGUUCCUGAAGAGGAGAGGCUUUCCGGAAGAGGAGAUUCCUGAUUCUAGCUAUGAAGCAGGGAUUGCACUGGCAUUGCAAUCCUCGGGAAUAUCUAAUCAUGAUUCAGUUUCUGAACCAGCAAAAGAUUGCCUAAAGAUGGCAAAACGGAUGGGUCGUACACCCAACCUCAACAGUGCUAAUCUAGCGAUUGAAUUAUCCAAGAUCAAUCCACUAAGAGCACAAAUAGAGUGGUACAAAGCAACAUGUGAUGAUUCUCGUGAUCAAAUGGGGUACUACGACACUUUCAAGCAAAGGGGAGCCUCAAGAAGAGACUCUAAGGUCAACAUGAACCGAAUAAAGCUUGCUCAAUUUUGGACUGUGCUAAUCGAAAUGCUGGAAAGCAAUGCACUGCCCUACGACUUUCACAAGCGAGAAAAAUGGGUUUAUGCUUCCCAAUCCUACAAACUCCUUGUCGAGCCAUUGGACAUUGCAGAAUACUACCGAAGUGGGAUGCACCGAACCAAGGGUCAUUAUCUGAAGCAUGGCAGGGAUAGAAUGUACGAGAUUUUUGAUAGGUGGUGGAGAGACAGAAGGGCUGUCGAGGAAGAAAAUGACAAGAGGACCAAGUUUGCAAGUCUGACACAAGAUUCGUGUUUUUGGGCAAGGGUGGAGGAAGCAAGGGAGUGGCUAGACAAUGUUAGAAGUGAGAGCGAUGCAAGGAACCUGUCUCUGCUUUGGGAGAACAUUGAUAAGUUUGAACAGUAUGCAAGGAGAAUGGUUGAGAGAAAAGAAGUGUCUAAAGACGUGGUGGCGAAAAACUCGAGCUAUAGCUCGUGGAUGGAAAAUUGGAAUGAACUAAAAUUACAGCUGCAGCAAUUCCCUACUCGGUUUCCUAGUUGUUUGGAUGGGGAAGUAGUUCCUUAGACUAUAUUGUAGCUAGGAUCAUGAUAUGACUUUGUAAUGCAUUCAUUUCAGUGAAUGCUUUUCUAAUGUACAAUAGUUCAUGAUCUAGACUGCAGAUAAAUGAAACAGAAAAACCAUUCUUGUACGAAA